GCAAGAAAAAUUCCGUACAGUUUAGUACACGCGCUCAGGCCGCUCACGCAUUUUAGCACUACACCAUACACCAAAAGACACUGUAGACUGUAGUAGCGUCUGCUUGAAUGUGAAGGUCAAGUGACUCAAGUCCGCUCGGCAACAAGAUUUGUCAGUGAUCAAUAAUCGUUUGUCAUGGAUAGGGCAUGCUGGCUAUAGGCUGCUCGUUUCUGCACAUCAUUUUACACUACUUUUUAUACUACUAAUUGUAGGAACUCUGUUUCUGUGAUUCAAGUUAGUGUCGUUUGAAACCCGUUCUGUGAAAGUGUGAGUGUAUAAGUUUAUGGACAAAAAAAAGAGGAUACAUAGAAAUGGAUACUGCCGCGUGGAAGAAGAAGUUGGUGCGCUUAAUGGAGGAUAACCGCGGUCUUAUUGUUCUAUUGUUCUGUUUGCCUGCCUCAUUCCUUUUCGAUCUCGUUCUUCAGUUGCGUAACUGGUUUAAUCGUACGUUUUUGUCAGCACCCCAGCGGCACGAUACACGCGUUCGCCAGAUUCAAUCUCAGGUUCGCCAUUGUAAUGACCUUCCUGAAGCAGAGAAAAAGUUGAUGUGCACAUCUCGACCAAAUUGGCUAAGCUUAUCCAUUACAUUCUUCAGAAAAGAUCUUUGUCACAAAAUCCCUAUUCCAUUGUAUGACAUCCUUGAACUAAAGGAGGAAGUAAUGACGGUGCGCGUAGAGCCCAUGGUAACUGUUGGUGAUAUAACUCGUUAUCUGAUACCCAAAGGAUACACUUUGGCUGUUACCUUGGAAAUUGCUGAUGCCACCCUCGGAGGGCUUGCGUUUGGUGUUGGUAUGACGACGUACUCGCACAAGGUCGGGUUGUACCAAGAGACGAUUGUUGCGUACGAAGUUGUGCUGGGAGAUGGAUCUUUAGUUCGAGUGACCAAGGACAAUGAAUACUCAGAUUUAUUUUACUGUCUUCCGUGGUCUCACGGUACUCUAGGAUUUCUCGUUGCACUGGAACUUCAAAUCAUCCCUGUGAAACCUUAUGUGAAAAUGGAGUACAUUCCGAUCAACGGCCAAAAAGAAUAUUGCGAUAAAAUUCGAGAACUAUCAGGGGCAAUGGAUAAAGAUAAACAGACCCCUGAUUUUGUUGAGGCGACUAUUUUUAGCAAACACGAAGCAGUCCUUAUGGUCGGUCACUUUGCAAAUGUAAAAAAUGCGCAGGAAGAGGCACAAAUUAAUCACGUAGCACGUUGGUAUAAACCAUGGUUUUAUAAACACGUUGAAAGCUUUCUUAACAAGCCUCCAAGUCAAGAAUUUAUACCACUACGGGAGUAUCUUUUACGCCACAAUCGUGCGAUUUUCUGGGUGGUCGAAUCCAUGAUCCCUUUUGGUAAUAAUCCACUUUUCAGGCUAUUGUUCGGAUGGCUACUGCCCCCAAAACCUGCAUUCCUGAAGUUCACAACAACACCAGGCAUUCGUGCUAUGACUUUCACUAAGCAGGUUUUUCAAGAUAUCGUUCUUCCUAUUAACGUCCUGGAAAAACAGAUUGAUGUUGCAGAAGAAAUAUUUGAUGCAUAUCCCAUUUUAGUGUACCCUUGCAGAAUAUACGAUCAUGGACCACAUACAGGCCAGCUUCGUCCUCCUCGAUCUGACCAAAUGUGUCCGGGUACUAACUGGGGUAUGUUUAAUGAUCUUGGAGUUUAUGGUGUACCGGGGCCAGUCAAGCGGAAGGAACGUUUUGACGCUGUGGGUGCUAUGAGAAAAAUGGAAAAAUUUACUCGUGACGUUGGUGGAUAUCCCUUUUUGUACGCAGACAUCUUUAUGAACCGCAAGGAAUUUGAAGAGAUGUUUGAUCUCGUAGCUUAUGAAAAAGCCCGAGCAAAAUACCAUGCCAACGACGCGUUUCCUCACCUUUAUGAUAAGGUCAAACCGGAGAUAGACGUCUUUCAAGUUGGGAAAGAAUAUAUGGAUCCUCUGUAAAGUGGAAGCAGGUUUUCCUAUGGUUUACUAAUAGAAAAUGGGGCUGGGGUAAGACAAUUAAUUUCUUCAAUGAAAAAUAAAUGAUGUCAAUUAAA